AAUGUAAGCGGCGCGGACGAGCCCGGCGCGUCCCCUCGGCCAGGGCCGCGCACCGUCCCGCCGAGCGCCUCCCGCGGGACCGCCCCGGCUGCCCCAGCCAGCGCGGAGCGGGGAAGGAGGCCGGUGGCGUUUCCGGCAGCUCCAGUCCGGAUUUUGCACCGGGGAGAACUUCAUCCUGGGUCGGCCAGGAGCGGCGGGGCAGCGCGGAGCAGGGGAGGAUAAGGAGGAUGCUGCUGCUGCUGCUGAUGCCGCCGCGAUGUAACACGCUCGGCGGGUCCUGGUGAGAAGCGCAGGUCUCCGAUGCGCACCCGCCCGGAGGCAGCUGCAGUGGUGCCGUUGCACGAAGGAGCUUCUCGUCUGAUUUAGCCCGAAACAGACGCUUUUAUCUUUCUUUUAUUAUUUUUCUUGUUAUUGUUGUUGGUUUUGUUUUUUUCCGACGAGCGGGCGGCUUGACCGGUCGGGCCAACGGACAUUUGGAGGAGUUUCGUUUUUCUUUUGUCCUAGGGGACCUCGCUGCAACUAACGGAAGAGUCUCUGCUGCGUGUGUGGUUCCCCCUCCUCUGCCCUCCUGCGUUUCGUGCAUGUGCUACUGGAGCGGCUCCGAUCGGGGCUGGCUGUGCAGAGGCCCCCUCCGCCCCCUUCCUCCUCCCGCCUUCCUCUCUUGUUCAUCGCUCCGUAUCUUGCCGAUGACUUGGCCCCUCCGACGACGCCCGGGAGCAUCGCGGCCCUCCCCGGAGACUUUCCCUCGCCCCCCUGGCUUGCGACGGUCCCACCACUGACACCGCGAACCGCUUCGUCCGCCUGGAUUUUCCCCUCUUGGCAGGAGGCAGAAGUGGGGAGAGAAGUCGCCCGCGCCCGAGGUUUCCGGCCUUACAGUUGCAUCGGCACCUUGAGAGCCCGAGAGAGGCAUUAUUCGCUCCCACGUCGGGGCGGCCGUCCCCCACCCCCUUAUCCCGUCGGGUCCCGUCCCGCCGCGCCCGGGUGCUGUAGGCGCCGCCCGCCGGCCGGACCGUAGCUGAAGGAGCGCGGAGCGGCGGUGACCGUCCCGAGCGCGGUCCCUCCCCCUCCUCCGGGCAACCCCAGCCCUCCCAGGAACAACAGCAACAAAGGACGCCGCGGCCGCAGGAUGUCUCCCCGGAGGGGGCACUGAGCGGCGCCUCACCCGCUCCUGCUCGCGGCGGCGGAGGGAAAGCGGCCGGCGAGUGUCGCCGCUCCUGCCUCCUCGGCGUCCCGGGGUGUGAAGCCGGGACAGGGCGGAGAGCUCGACGUGACAACCACGCUGUGAGGGAACCCCGCUGCGGCCAGAACCAUGUUCCCUCAGAGCCGGCACCCCACCCCGCACCAAGCUGCGGGCCAGCCUUUCAAAUUCACCAUCCCGGAGUCGCUGGACCGCAUCAAGGAGGAGUUCCAGUUCCUCCAGGCGCAGUACCACAGCCUUAAAUUGGAAUGUGAGAAACUGGCAAGCGAAAAGACUGAAAUGCAGAGGCACUAUGUGAUGUAUUAUGAAAUGUCGUAUGGAUUAAACAUUGAAAUGCACAAGCAGACAGAAAUCGCCAAGAGAUUGAAUACAAUUUGUGCACAAGUCAUCCCAUUUUUGUCUCAGGAACAUCAGCAGCAAGUGGCCCAAGCCGUAGAACGUGCCAAACAAGUGACCAUGGCUGAACUGAAUGCCAUCAUCGGGGUACGUGGCCUUCCAGGUCUACCUCCUACACAGCAGCAGUUGCAGGCUCAACAUCUCUCCCAUGGCCAUGGACCUCCAGUGCCUCUAACACCGCAUCCAUCAGGACUUCAGCCUCCAGGAAUCCCUCCACUCGGAAGCAGCGCUGGCCUUCUUGCCCUUUCUAGUGCUUUGGGUGGGCAGUCUCACUUGGCAAUAAAAGAUGACAAGAAGCAUCACGAUGCAGAACACCACAGAGACAGAGAGCCGGGCACAAGUAAUUCUCUAUUGGUCCCAGACAGUCUGAGAAGCACAGAUAAACGCAGGAAUGGCCCUGAAUAUACCAAUGACAUCAAAAAGAGAAAGGUGGAUGAUAAGGAUUCCAGCCACUAUGACAGUGAUGGGGACAAGAGUGACGAUAACUUGGUUGUAGAUGUAUCCAAUGAGGAUCCUUCCUCUCCAAGGGCAAGUCCCACUCAUUCACCACGUGAAAACGGUAUAGAUAAAACCCGCCUGCUGAAGAAAGAUGCCUCUAGCAGUCCAGCAUCUACAGCCUCUUCAGGAAGUUCCACUUCCCUAAAAUCCAAAGAAAUGAGUCUGCAUGAAAAAGCCAGCACGCCUGUUCUGAAAUCCAGCACACCAACUCCUCGAAGUGAUGUGCCAACCCCAGGCACUAGCGCAACUCCAGGACUUCGUCCAAGCCUUGGCAAGCCUCCAACAAUGGACCCUCUGGUUAACCAAGCUGCUGCAGGUUUGCGGACACCAUUGGCAGUUCCAGGACCGUACCCAGCUCCAUUUGGAAUGGUACCUCAUGCUGGCAUGAAUGGAGAAUUGACCAGUCCAGGGGCAGCCUAUGCCAGUCUGCAUAAUAUGUCACCCCAGAUGAGUGCUGCUGCUGCUGCAGCUGCUGUGGUUGCCUAUGGAAGGUCUCCUAUGGUUGGGUUUGAUCCUCCUCCUCACAUGAGAGUACCUGGAAUCCCUCCAAAUCUAGCAGGGAUUCCUGGAGGAAAACCAGCGUACUCCUUUCACGUUACUGCAGAUGGUCAGAUGCAGCCGGUUCCUUUCCCUCCUGAUGCCCUCAUCGGUCCAGGAAUCCCUCGCCAUGCCCGUCAGAUCAACACUCUGAACCACGGAGAAGUGGUGUGUGCAGUUACCAUCAGCAACCCCACGAGACACGUGUACACGGGUGGGAAGGGGUGCGUCAAAGUCUGGGACAUCAGCCAGCCUGGUAACAAGAGCCCUGUCUCUCAGCUGGACUGCCUGAACAGAGAUAACUACAUCCGCUCAUGUAAAUUGCUGCCUGAUGGCUGUACCCUAAUAGUUGGCGGGGAAGCCAGCACAUUAUCCAUAUGGGACCUGGCAGCACCAACUCCUCGUAUAAAAGCAGAGCUGACAUCCUCAGCCCCUGCCUGCUACGCUCUGGCCAUCAGCCCUGAUUCCAAGGUUUGCUUUUCCUGCUGCAGUGAUGGGAACAUCGCAGUGUGGGAUCUGCACAAUCAGACGCUGGUCAGGCAAUUCCAGGGCCACACAGACGGAGCCAGCUGUAUUGACAUUUCUAAUGAUGGUACCAAGCUCUGGACAGGAGGUUUGGAUAACACUGUCAGAUCCUGGGACUUGAGAGAGGGGAGACAACUACAACAGCAUGACUUCACAUCACAGAUAUUUUCCCUUGGUUAUUGUCCUACUGGUGAAUGGCUAGCUGUGGGAAUGGAGAGCAGCAACGUGGAAGUGCUGCAUGUAAAUAAACCAGAUAAAUAUCAACUGCACCUUCAUGAGAGCUGCGUGUUGUCACUCAAGUUUGCUUACUGUGGUAAAUGGUUUGUAAGUACUGGGAAAGACAACCUUCUUAAUGCAUGGAGAACUCCAUAUGGGGCCAGUAUCUUCCAGUCCAAAGAAUCUUCAUCAGUGCUUAGCUGUGACAUCUCUGUGGAUGAUAAGUACAUAGUCACUGGCUCUGGAGACAAAAAGGCUACAGUCUAUGAAGUUAUCUACUGAAAAAUAUGAUGGGGAUAUAAACUUUAGAAGUUGAACUGGGCCAAAAUUGUUCUUAAUUGUAGAAGUAGAAAGGUUUUGCCUUUUAAAAAGGAACAAAAGUAUUGAGGUUCCAGACCUUGCCAUGAAACUACUCCGAUUUUUCCAAAUAGAAGGCAACAUCCAGCAACUAAAUACUGGCUACGUGGACCAAACGGAACACAGACGCAAGAUGGACAGAUGUAGCCUAGGUUUUUGACAUAGUUUUUAAAAGCUGAAUCUACUGAAGAAUGUUGGAGCCUUUUAUUUUUUUCUUUCUUCGUGACCUCAUACAAAUUGUUCUCAUUGCCUGAAUAUGGGGGAUAAAUACCUUUAUGUUCCUUGCAGCUCAAAUUGCAUUCUGUCCUGUGUAAAGCAGUGGUGUCUCAGAUGAAUUUGUUUGCUGUUUUUGCAUCUUGUGAUAUGUUUUUGUAUUUUUGUUGAAGGUCAAACAUUUGUAUAAAUUGUAAAUAUAUUUAGUUUAUUACAGUAAAGGCUUUAGUACCAACAACCAGUCUUCCCCCUCACCCCUUCCCUUCCCACCCUGCUUAUUUAAAAUUAAAAACCUUUUGGGGAUAUAAGAACCUUUUUAGAAGCAAAAGCAAACACUAUGUAUAGUUUGAAAAUGGUGUCUUAUUCUUUAUAACUCUUCCUAGUUUCCUUUAUCAUACUUCAAAGUAGUUGUUUUGACAUAUUAGGGUACCAAGUCCAGUAGAUACUGUCUUGUGCUACAGAAAAAAAGGCAAUUUUGUACUAAUUAUAGUGUAAAUAUAAAAAUUGAACGUUUCAUAAA